AUGCCUUCAACGGGGCCCUUCCCCGAGGCGCUGGCUGCAUCCGGAGCCCGUGACGAAGGCCUGAUGCACGAACUGGCGAAGUACUUCUUGGCAGAAUUGCUCUCAGAGCCAAGCCAGACAGAAAACGAAGCCCUGGAGCCCGAGGACUUGUCCCGAGGAGCUGAACAGGAUGAAGUGAGGCUGGAGCUGGAGCGGUCCGCGAACUCCAACCCAGCCUUGGCGCCCAGAGAACGCAAAGCAGGGUGCAAGAAUUUCUUCUGGAAAACGUUCACAUCCUGUUAGCUGUCGAGCCGCGCCGCUCAGCCCAUCCGUCCCGUCCCCAAGCCCUCAGACCCUGAGGGGAGCCCUCACGACAGGACCAGAAGACUGUAAAUACCCAACAUGCGGCGAUGGUGAAAUGAAAAACAAACACACAAAAAAACAAAAAACAAAAAAAAACAAAAAUGGGAGUUUGAUUUGGAGCUGUUUUAAUAAAAUUUUCUGUUUAGAUUGUACAUGAUUUGCUUGAGUUGUGAUUUCUGACUAGUUCUUUAUGACAUUCACUCUGCAGCUCUCUCAGAUGUACUAUUUUUAAUUCUUUGUCGCAAUAAAGUUUAUGUUUCAAACGGU